AUGUGCCUGUACAGUCCACAGAGUGCUGCAGCUGGCUUGGCUGCUACUGUGUCCGCAGCGCUGCAGACGACGGAGGAGCAGCGGUUCUCGUGGUACGACGAGGCGCGGCCAGUGGGCUUCUACAGCAGGCCGCAGGCCGCGUCCCAGCUGCUGCCGCAGUACGAGGUCGUGCUGACGCACUGCCCCGCCGCCUUCACCACCCCACACGUCUCCGGCAACGUGUCGUCGCUGCGGCUGUGGCUGCUGCUGCGGCGCGACGUGCGCGCGCCGCUGCUGGAGCUGUACCUGCCCACCGGGCUGUUCGUGUGCAUGUCGUGGGGCAGCUUCCUGGUGCGGCCCGCCAUGGUGCCCGGCCGCAUGGUGCUGCUCGUCACCACCCUGCUCUCGCUCGUCACGCUCUUCGAGUCCUCCAGGUCGACUGCACCCCCGUCGCAAGGAGUGAAGAGCCUGGACGUGUGGCAGCUGUCGUGCAUCGUGUUCGUGUUCCUGGCGCUGGUGGAGUACGCCGCCAUCUUGUGUCUGCGCGUGCGCAGUAAGGCGCCCACCCCUGGAGUGGCUGAGGCUGGCGCCGGCAGCAGUGCAGGUGGCGGUGGGGACAGUGACGGCUGGUGCCUGCAGGACCGCGUCGCGCUCGUCGCCUUCCCCGUCUGCUUCCUCGUCUUCAACGUCGCCUACUGGAGCGCACACCUCUCCAUCCACCAGAAGGAGCACAUCGCCUGCAAGCCCGCCGCCUGA